UCACGCUUCCACCAACAUCAUAGCUAUUUAGAAGGAGAUCACUUGCAUUUCAACAAGGUGUUGAUUUUGGCACGUUAUAUAUCUACUCCUCGUUCUCAUCGUGAAGAAUUUACGACUCCCUCUCUUUCCAAACAUCUCCCUUUCUAUCACCGAUUCGAUAACGGACCUGUUUCCCUGCCUUGUUUUGAAUGCUUCUUCGGGAAUUGUAUCAUUUCGAAAUGAUUUAGGAAGAGGUGAUUAAGUGAGUGCAUGAUACGGAAAGAAUAUAGGGCGAGAUGUUAGAAGGAAGAUUCGAUUGGUCGUAGCUCUUGGUUUGAAGCACGUCGAUGGGUAAUCUCGGGUAGAUGUGGACGUGUUGAAGGAGACCGUUUGAAACAUAAACAAAGCAGGCAUUAACGCUACACCUCAUCCCAGACGUUCCUUUUAUGGGCCCUUGAGCAUUGCAUCCAUCCAUCCGAAGCAGACAGUUGUCUCCAUGGUAACGUGAAGUCUUACAAAAUCACGUGUGGGCGCUUCGAGAAAUGACCUCAUCCUCGCAUUGUAGUGAAUGAAGCUAGUCCGCAUGGAUUUAUCUCACAGCAUUCCGUCUUCGUUUUGCAAGAUGCUAUUGCUAGGAAGCCAAAUAAUUGCCCAGUGAAUCUACUGUCUGUAACCUUCUUCGGCUUGCAUCCGUCGCCAUGUGCUUAUGACUACCAGGGAAUGAAUCUGAUCAAGCCAUGGAUUCAACUCAAUCAUUCUAAUGCGUAUGUGAUAGGAUUAUACAGCUUCGCGGAACAAAUGCUUACAAUUGGAUGAUCUGUUUCUAAGAUUGUCUACAGCGUAGCUAAGUUAAUGGACGUCGUAAGUUAGUUAUCAGGCGUCCUGUGAAAAUUUAGGGUCGUCGAGAAAAAGUUGAAGCGAGUUGACUUCUCAACGUAAUACACUAAUUAAGCAGUCCUGUUAUAACACAGAGAGAAAAAGAUGUUCGUGAGAUUCUAGCUGUCGGCCUUAUGUUGAGCUCUACUUAAAAUGAAGGAAAGCAAGAAAUCCUAGUCUCGUUAACGGCGAUAACGACACCAACCAAGCACUACUAUCAUUUUCCACUACAUCCAACGGUCGUUACUGGCUAACGCGUCAUUGAUUUUAGACGGGAGUGAAAGCGCACUAAACGCAAAUGUAGAAGCAGACGACACCCAUGUGAUGUAUUAUUUUCUCAAGACGACGUCGACGACGCGAUAACAAUUCGUCAUCAUGUUGAACAUGGGAGCAGUGAAGGGGUUCGACGUCUUCCUUGAUGAUCCCUUGGAAGUCUACCAUUCUGGAGAAACCCUUCGAGGUCACGUGAUGCUAACCCUAACCAAGGAUCUUGCCAUGAAAGGUAUCCGGGUGGCGGUGAAGGGGGAGAUCCGUACCCAAUGGAGGGAGAGACAUGCCUCUGCUGCCAGCGGGAAGAGGAGUUCGACUUACAGGGGAGGGGAACAACUGUUCCUUGAGAGGAAGACGGUCUGGGGAAACGAACCGGAAGACAAGUCGGAGAUUCCACUCCUGACAGCUGGCAGUUAUUCCUUUCCGUUUCAAUUCAAGCUCCCGACCAAACUCGGUCUGCCGUGCUCGUUCGAGUGCGGGAACCUUGCCUAUUCCCGCUAUCUGGUCCACGCUAACAUGGAUAUAUCAUGGGCGGUGGACCCGGUGGCUGAGCGCUACUUCUCCUUCAUAGGCUCGGAGAUUGACUGCAACCUGCCCAAAUACCAGAAAACUGUACAUGCAUCGGAUCGGAAAACGUUGCUUCACUGCUGUUGCCGAUCCAGCGGGCCUAUAGCUUUAAAGGCAGAGAUGCAACGGAACGCAUACUGUGCUGGGGAAUAUGUGAAUAUCAAAACAAGACUGGAGAACAACUCGGACAAGGUCAUGAGGCUAGGGGUCAAAUUUUUACAGAAUGUCACCUUCAUAGCAGAACUUCCAAAGCGGAUGACCAAGGCGGGUUCUUAUGAGAUACUAAGCUACAGUAGUCCCUGUGUGCAGCCAGACCAAGAAUACUGUCUUCGUACUGCAAGGAUGUUACAGAUCCCUAUAGUACCUUCAUCAGUUGAAACAAGGCAUAUUGUUUUGCAAUACAGUAUAGAAAUUGCUCUUAUAGUGGAUGAGAAGCCCGAACUAAAUAUCUCCUUUCCGGUCACCAUUGGCAACGUACCUUUCAAAGAUUCAAGGGGGAAGUCCCGGGAUCUCAGCUACGGGCAUGGAUGUAAUCAAUCAUGCGGCGCCAAUUCUGGAGUCGUCCAUUAUCGGGACAAGGAAAGAAUCGUACAGCUCAAGCAUUUUACCCCUCUCUACCUCACUGUCUCGGCGGUCCGCGACUCGACUGCUUCCUUCUUAGAACCUCGCCCCAUCCUGCAGUCGCACAAUGGUACUCCACGUAACGGUGCUGUGUCGAACAACGGCAAUGGCGCCCUCUCAAAUGGCUCAACAAGAAAGGAGCAUCCCAUGGUGGCGCAGAUGUCGAGUACGGAUUUAUCUAACGGAUAUUCAUUUGACCGAACUGAAAGUAAUGAUGAUUUUGAUGCGUCAGUUCUUGCGAGCAAGUCGAGCGGGAGCGUCACCAAGUACAGUAUGCGUACCACGAGAGGAUCAGGGGUGUUGAGCAGAAAGCCUUCCAAGGAGGAGAGUUAUGAUGAACCAGGACAGUUUGGAAUGUCCCAUAUGAACCAGAAUGAAAACAUGUUCACCAUUUCUGGCCAUGCUGUAGAAAUCAACACGAUAGGUCUAUCUCAUAUGGAAACGCCUCAGGUUGAUCUGAAAGACGGACAGUUUCAGUUUGAGAUUGGUGACGAUGGUCAGGUUUAUGAAUGUCAUUAUGUCUGACAUCACUGAAGACACUUUUAUGUGACACAUUCUUUUCGCUAAAUCAACGACAGUAUAACUCCGUCGUUUGAGGUGACUGUUAUGAUUCAACAAGGAUGGCUGUAUUCGAUUUAGCCCAUUACAUGGAAAGAGAUCGAGACAUUGUACUUGAUGAGCAUGAUUGCAAAUUUACCUAUGUCUACGUGCUUUAGAAUUAUUUAAACAUAUUAUCAACAUGCUGGUCGAGUGGAUGAUUUGUUAAUUUGAUGAACAGCUUCCGAAAGUAAUGGGAAAAAUAUGGAUUACAUUAUGAAUAUCACGGUAACAUGUACGUGAUGGAUAUAUACUGUCUUGAGGAAGCAAGGGUGGAAGUAUAACGAUAAUGCUGCCUGGUGGAAAAGGCCAGAAGGGGGAGGGGCGGUUGAAGUUGUUUAUUAGCCAUUGGUGUAGUAAAACGGAAUGAUCAAGAUAUAUCUGGUGACUGCAUGUAGGAAUUCGAGUGUCUGGUAGGUUCACUAUAGAUGACUUGGACUGUUGGACAAGACAGCCACUGAUCAAGAACUGCAGGUGAUUUGCAUGAUGCUCCUGCCGCGAUCACCAAACGGCAGAAACUUACAUAGAAAGUACUGUAUGUCUAUAUAUUUUAUUUACAGGUUGGAAAGUCUAAAUGAAUACCUUGAAAGUACAGAAACUCAGUAAUGAAGACUAUAGGUCUGGAGACGUGCCUUGACAGAAGGAGAAUCAGGAGUGACUGCAGCUCACAACUAAAUUAUUCAUACCCUUACCAAGUUUUGUCAAAAUUUAAGUAUGUGGAAAAUUGAGUUGUCCUCAAUCAUGUUUCCUGAGAAUGUGACAUAUCGAAGCUUACAUCUAAAAGUAUUUAACAAAGGCCCUAGUUCAACCAGUCCACAUAUCAUUCUUGAGUUUCGGAAACACAUCAUUUUUUUUACAAGGGGUAUGAAUAUUGGAGUUGUUAUAUUGCGUAUAUGUGCAUAUAGUGCCUUUGAUAAUUAAGCUUGUGUAUAUACAUGUAUAGCCAACGCAAUAUAUCCAUGUAAACUAGAAUUCCUGGGAUAUAUCAUGCGCACUUUAUAUUUUAUUUCACACUGAACAGUACAAGUUUAUUUUCAUAACAGACAGUCUGCAUUCACUGCCCUAUGUAAUUAAGGUCUCUAUUUUUAUUCCAUUGUUUUAUGCUACAGUCUAUGAAGAUGACAAGAUUUUGUUGGCAUAUGUAUCAAGAUGACUGUAUGAGAUACAUGACGUAUGCCAUGUUAUUUCUCUUACGAAAAUUGCAAUAACUUUGAUCAUGAUAUCAUUAUGUAUGUAUCAGUUGUACAUUAUACGCCUCAUUUUCUGCAAUAUGUACUCCAUCAAAUGAUAACCAAAAGAGGGUAUUGGUUGUAUAGUAUUUUAUUUUCUAUGAGAUGUAUUAACACAAUCUUAACUGUUUAUGCAGUACUCUGAGAAUUCAGCGAACUGGAUAGAUGUUCAUGGACCAAUGGUAGUAGUUGAAAUAUGAGCUGCAAUUUAUAUAGCGCCUUUUCCACUUGAUACAAAGCGCUCCGAGGCGCCAUUCAUGGAUCAAUGUUAGAUUCAAAAUGUAUAAAAGUGACCAAACAAUGAUAGUGUAUGCUCAGUGAAUGCAUAUAGUUUCAGAAAUGACAUUUAAAUGGAAAACGAUCGAUGGACUUUACCAGUGUCAGUUCCAUCAGGGACGUAAUACUUGAUCAGUUCAAUUUUAUAUUUCUUUUUAAAACAAAACAGAGAAGGGCAACUCUUUAUAUAAGACUCAAGACCAUUCCACAACUUUGGAUCAUUAAAUGUGAUUGUGGUACAAGAAAAUUCAUACUUCAUCAUUCAGGGGUGCGAAUGUGACUUGACUGUCUGGUAGAGUAUGGAACAAACGAACGAUUGUUAUGAAAACAAUUAUCUAAAUUAAACUUAGCAAAUUGUGUAAGCACAAAAACAUAAAAUUGGCUAUUUGUAAUUCGUGUAUAUCCUGACCUUUUAAAUGACCAGGUUUCAACAAGAUUACGUCAUUACAAUAUUCACACAUUUCAAAAGGUGACGUACGAGGCCAUUGAAAUUGGCUUGGGUUGAUCUUUCGAAAUAAUUUCGAUCGUGUUGUGUGAAAACCAUGAAGAAAUUUGACACUAUGACUGGCAUGCCUGCAACACCAUUUUGCCCUCAACAAAUGCUGUAAAUUCCUAAGCAUCCUAGCUUUCCUCAUCAUUUAGCCAUUAUUUUGUCUCUUCUCUCUCUCUCUCUCUCUCUCUCUCUGUUUUCUCAAUCGUAAGCUAUAUACUCUCCCUCGAAUAUUUCUCUAUCCUCCCUCUCUAUUCCUCCCUCCCUUUUUCUCUCUAUUUACAGGAAAAAUAACUAACCCUUUCCCAAGGAAAGAUCGAGAUUAGGGAAGGAGCGAUUUGAAGUAGAGAGAAAAUGCGUGUUCAUGUGUGGGCCUGCUUAUUAUCCCUGUGGUUUUGAAUCCUAUAUGCACCCGUUUCUUAUAAUUCUACCAAAAUGUGCACUUAGUUUUUUUAGCCAAUGGCGCCCAUAUAAAAGGCAGAUACUAAAAGUUGUGUAGCAGAAAAAUGAUUUGUAUUAUUACAGUAGGACAGAAUUAUUGUUGACUUAUGGAUGAAUUAUUUUUGUCGCA